AUGAGAAUUUUAUCCCUCAAAGAGUUCUCCCCUCUCCCAAGCAAAAUAUCUCAGUUGGGAACAGCCACUCUGAAUGUGUCAUCGCGUCCUGACUUCUCUGUAGUGUUUGGCCACUUGAAGCUGCGGUUCGCCUGAAUUUAAUUAUCCAAUUCAGGUCAACUAAUCUGAUCCUAAAACGCGACAUUAUGCCACGCGGAGACUUCAGCGUUCACUUCGCCAGUAGAGGCGGUGGAUUAUACGUCCGUGCAGAAGAGGCAGCAGGAAUAGCACUCCUGGUUAUCAUUCUGGCAGCUCUUCUGAUCAUCGGCUGCUGGUACUACAGGAGAAGGAGUGGAUACAAAAUUAUCCGGACCCAAAAUGCAGGUCAGUCCUGGAGGGCAAUGGUGAACUCAGGCCAGUACAGAGGUGAAGGAGAAGCUGCUGAUAACAAAGUCGCACUCAAUGAGCUGAGCAAUCUCCAGCAUGUGGUUCCCAAUGCUCCUCCAGCAUAUGAGAAGAUUUCCUCUGGUCCUUCACCACCUCCCUACUCACCCUGAAACCCAUGCGGGGGUCAGCCACCAAAAACCAAAGACGGGGUUGUUAAAUUUUAUGGUCACUGAUUUCUUUGUUUUUACAUUAAACACUUGCUGAACCGAG